AUGAUAUUAUUGUUGUUUCUGUUAUAGAUUCAAUCAAUCCUGGGGGGAUUUACGAGUUGUGAAGUAAAGAAUUUGAUGUAUAAUAUAGGUGAACCCUGAACAUCCUGAAAUAAUUUAUCCAUCAAAUUCUAAUUCCUUUUUAUAACCACUUGACAAAUACUUCCAUGGGUAGGGUUUAACCUACGCUAUCAAUGGCACAUAUCAAUUUGGCGUUUCUUAAUCUACUAAAAUGAGCACAUAAACUUUGAAGAAGGCCUAAUUUCCAGGUAUGUAUUUUCAUUGAAUAAUAAUAGAGAACACCAUCUUUAUAGAUGACGCAGCCUAUUUUAAUUGGUCUAAUCCUAAUUAUUAGUAAGAUCAAUUUGUGGCUUUGGUGUCAAUAAAUAAUGAAUAUUAUGUUUACGAGUUAUCCUUGAAUUAAAAAACACCGACUUGGAUUUAAUUAACUUCUUCAUUUUCAAGUGAUUCAUUAAUUCAUUUUAGGCACUUAGACUGCGAUCUGCACAAAUGUUGCCUAUGUUUUUGAUAAUGACAUCAUCGUAUCAUGUGUAACAAGAAAGGAAGGAUUUCAAAUAUUCUACUUCUUCCAAAGAGUGGUAAUCAAAAUUAUAACCAAAUACCUUCCAGUUCUUAUACAGUCUCCAUAUGAAUAUGUACUAGCAAAUCAAUUAGAAUUUUCAUAUUUGCAAAUACUGAACAAUCAAGAAUGUAUCUAUUUGAAUUCCACAUGUAUUUAGAGGAGUUCUAUGCUGCUGUUGUCCAUGCAAAUUAUUUCAACCCUGAAACCAUUGUCCACAUAUUCAAACUUGAGUUUUAGAGAUCACUCCAUGAACCAAUCAAAAUGACUGUGUAUUAUUCAGGACAUCAUGACAAAGCUGCUUAUGGUGCCUACUUGGCUGACCCUGAAAAAAGUAUGCUUUACUCUUAGUAAUUCUAGUUUACUUAUUGUUUUUUGAUGCUUUGGUAAUCCAUGAUUUUUCCAAGAAAAUUCAUAAGAACGUAAUGAUGGUGGUAGACUCAUCAUAAGGAAUGGGAGUAUACAGAGAAUCAUAUACAAAUGGAGAAUAUAAUCUAUUCAUAUCUAUAGUGACCAAGAAGGGGUUGGAGUUCUAUUCGACAUCCAAUUUGUAAUCAAACUAAAAGCCAGGUUUACCAAAGACCUUCGAUACUAAUAAAAGAUUGUAAGUGAAGGUGAGUUUGUUAUAUACAAUAGUCACAAACGAUAAUAGUUUCGUGAUUUACGAGAACAGAUAUCUAUUAAAGGAAGAGAAUGUGUAAUAUGGGUUUUUAUAUUACUCAUAAACUCCAGCAUUACUUUCAAUCUUUUAUGGGUUUGGAUCUCAAUUCGUUUUGUUUUAGACAACCACAAUACUCACAUAUCAAAUCUAGAUGGCCUAUUUGUAUUCCUUAAAGACUCUGAAUACAAAUUAUAAUGUGCCAACAUAGAUCACAAUAAAUGCAACUAGUUAAGAUGGAACAAAAUGCUAAUGUACUUUUAAUUAUGAAUUACUGAAUGUUAAUGAUAUGUAUAACUUUGUUGCCUUAACCAAACCAGACAGCAAAAAAGAGCCAAUUUUAUUAUUUAAUUCUUAAUCCAAAUUGUUACCCUUGGGAGAUCAAUUCUUUGGUAGCAACUUGAAAUACAAGAUUGAAGCAACCUAAUAAUUAGAAGAAGAGAAUUCUGCUCUUGAGAUUUUACAACCAAAUACUACCCUGCUCUACAUAAAUCAAGUCAAUAUCAUAACAAAUACUUAUGUAAUUGCAUACAGUAGUACAUAUCAAGUGGAUGACGAUACAUUCUUUGUUUUCUCUCAGUUGACCACUAAUGUUAAAAAUGUUCAAAUAGAAAAAUGCAAGUUCUUGGCAUGUCAGAUCAUAGAGAUCAUCUAAGGUUAGUUCGCUGGCCCUAUUGUUGGCAUUACUGCAAUUAAAUCAGGCCUGUUAUUCCACAUUGUAAUUGCCACCCAGUAGGAGAUCUACUCAUAUGAUUACGAUUACGAUAAGAUGAAAUUGUUAAUAUAAAGAAAGAAAUAGGUAACUCAACUUACCAAAGAUAUCCCUCCAACAAUGGUGAUUUCAAGUGUUAACUACGUUCAAGAAGCAUUGAUUAUAUUGACAUCGACACCUAAUUCCAUAAUUUGUGUAGACAACCUAUUGAUUCAUCAAUACACCAUUGCUGGAAAUUAAUACGCCCCUAGAUAAGUGUUCCUGAAUCCUUAUAUUUUCAAUGACACCUACUUUGUUGAUAAUUAAUAUGAGUUAUUGAUGAUUCAAAAUAGCAAAAACAACUUCGAUAUCGAAUAAGAAACACAAAAGAGAUAUCAAUACAACGUCUUUGUAGCUUUCAAUUAUCCCAAUAACUAUAAAUAACAAUAAAUCAGCAUUGGAUUAGUAAGAGAGGGAGUGUAUUUGAUUCAGCUUUCACAAACAUCAACCACAUCCACACAAACCAUUUACUUUUAUCCCUAUUAAUUUUUGUACUAUGAUGCUGCUUAUAAAGCAUCUGCCUCAUUCUAAACAAUAUCCCUGACCCAAUUUUAACUCACUAUCGCACAACCAUUCGUCACUGGAGUAUCAAAUAAUGAUAAGUUCUAUGUGGUUGUAAACACCAAUUAAGCCAAUCAAUUUUAAUUAGUAGUGUUAAAUCCAUCGACAACAGAAUACUCCUAAAUUUAUUAAAUCAUUAAUUUAGAUUAAUUGCCAUCAAAUUUAAAUAUCAUAUCCAUCAAUAGGGGACACAAUCAACAGAUUGACAAAGUAUUGGAUUUCAAUUAUGAUUUGUUGUUCUUGUCAUCAAGUACUUCCAACUAAAUUCAAUAACUCUAAGUAUUCAAAUAGCCUGCUGUCUUAUAUACACCAAAUAUCUAAUAAAACAGAGUUGACGUGUUUGAACUUUAGGUGAUUGCUGAGAACAAUUUCAAUCAAGCUCCAGCAAAAGAAGCAGCUAUUACAAGAUAGAUCAAAUCAACCAAAUAAGAAAUAGGAAUCAUCGCAAGAGAGAAUUAAGCAUUUACCCCUAUGACUGCCUUGGGAAGUAUUUUCUAUCUAAAUAUUAAUCCUGCUGAUUACUUUUUUGGUUACAUCUCCAAUUACACAGCAAUCAAUAAGAUAGGAUUGAGAGUGGACUUCAACGAGGCCUUCAUAGAUUGCUACUAAAAAGAUAAAAAACAUUAAGUGGUUAAUAAUAGUGUUGUCCAACCAAUUACCAGAAUGUAAGCUAAUUUCUCCUUGGUUUACACUUCUGUAACUUCAGGCAUAAUAGCUGGCUAAGACACAAUUCAAACAUUCAUUCAGUCUGGAAGAGCCAUUUACAUCUUAUAUGACAAGGAUGCUCUAUUUCUAUACACUGUUCCUGCUUACAUUGAUGCCACCUGCAUAUACUCAUUCAUCACCUCAGACAGUGGAUAUCUAAUCACAGUGUGUUCAAACAAGGAUGACACUUAUUUCUAUUAUUACAAUGGUACAGAGUCAAACAAUAGAACAAUCCUAGGAUUUUCAGGAUAUUAACUACUGAGUUAAACAGCUUAUCCUAAUCUAAAAUCUGCUUAAUUUUAAUAUAAUAUAUUGGCAUUAGAAUAUAGUCAGUUCAUUUUGACUGUUAACGUGAGUGCAAGCAAUUCAACUUUGGUGCUUUAAAAUAAAAUGUAAUACAACCUUGUUUAUCCAAUGAUGAGUUAUUCAUUAUUUGUAGUUGAUGCUGAGGAAUUGGAAUUAUAGGCUGCUAGAAGAAAUAGAACAUUACUCAACAGAGAUUUUGUCAAGAAAUUCUUAUCCAAUAUGGAUGCAGGAGUAAUCAUUUUAUACCAAAAUUCUGUAUUACAAUUCUUGUACAAAAAUAUUGCCAAGUAUGGAGCUUAUUAGUCUUAAUUACCAAGUAUUUAUUUACUGUUUAUAUAAAUUAGAUGGAGUGUAAAUAUUGGGUGUUACUUCAAUUUCGAUUGGUUGGAUUACGAAUACUUAUUUGUCAACCCCAUUUUUGAUAUCUACUACUUCCAAUUCGUAUCUGUUCUAGGUGACACUACCCAUCAUCGAAAGAAGUGGAUCAGCUACAGUGGACUUAAUUUAUAAACUCAUUUCCUUUGCCAAAUACCAAACCCUAGGAGUUUACUCUGGAGGCGAGGCCAUCGUUGGGUUCUUCUAUACCGAAUCCAAUGAGUUGGGAGAACCUGAAUAUGUGUUUGGUCUCUACGGUAUACCUACUUUGAAGGAUUUCACUAGCGAUUUGACUCUCAAAGUGGCUUUCAACCCAAACAAAGUGUAUCAACAUGUUGGCUCACCUGUCGGCUUUAUUGGAAUAUAAAAUCUAACCAAAUAUAAUAUCAGCAAUCCGAUUAUCACCAAUAAUCAGACCAUUUUGUAUUAAGUAAAUCAAACAGAAUUUUAAUAUCUAUUUGUGACUAAUGAAGUUAAGAUAACAGUCAAUUAGGUCUAAUGCAUAAAUACAUCCACUAUUGGUCAUGCACUCAAUAUGACUGAAAUUGAAUUGGUAGCUAUUAAUAAUUACACUUCUGAUUUCUCCAGAAACUCCUUUGUAAUUAACAACAUCUAUCCGGACUACACAUUCUGGGUGACAGAAAUAAGAAGAAGGAACUUUUGGUGGUAGUUUGGAGUUGGCGCCAUCUUCUUCUUUAUAAUAAUUGGAGUUCUAACAGUUUUAUGCGUCAAUUCAAAUAAAAUCAUUGUAUACCAAGAGAGAAUAUUGCAAAAUGAAUUAGAAUAAUGA